UUUAAUCUUGUACAUAGCCUUUUCUAGACCUACAAUUAAUUAACUGCACAAAUAGUUCCGCAGUUUUCUUUCAGUUUCGCACGAAAAAUAGACCUUCACAAUUUAGUUAAAGUUUAUUUUUAUUGCUUGCUGAGCAAGACGCCGGCAUCAAGUCAUCGCCAUGAAGACCGUCAUAAUAUUUGCUGGUUAUUUAUGCGCGAAAUUAAGCGUUUAUGACUGCGCACUGACGGACCGGCAACCUUCUCCCAACACAUACUCCACCAUACUGUUUGCCGAUUCCAAGCCCAUAAUUCUUGGAUUUCGGCUAAAUGACGAGGAGUCGCUGACCGAUAGCGCCGGCGCCUUGACGGUUCUGCCAGAACAAGACGUCGAUCUCCGCGUGUUUGGAAUAAAUUUCCAACCGAGCAUGCUCCUGUCCUUCUCGCAAACCUCAGAGGACUGCAACAUAAAUCUGCAGUUUCGGCCGAAAACGGGCAGUGUAAGCGGCAACACAGCGGUUUUUGCCGUCAAGUUCCCCCACAAUGAGGACGAUCAAGUCGAUAAAUAUCGGCUUUGUACGAAAAUUCCGGCCGAUGGUAACUGGACAAGCCAGAACAGCGAACCCUGGCUGCAAGUGCACGUCCAUCCCGAUCCAAAGCCCCGAGAAUACUUAAUGCCGCUGUGGCUGCAGAUAUUCGUUAUCGUCUCCCUUCUGACUCUUGCUGGUUUGUUCUCCGGUCUCAAUUUGGGUUUGCUCUCCCUCGACCCCACCGAAUUAAAAAUCGAUUUAAAUUGCGGCACUCCGCGUAUUCGCCGCUACGCACGCGCUAUCAUUCCGCUACGAAAACACGGCAACUUUCUACUUUGUACCUUACUGUUGGGCAACGUUCUGGUAAACAGUACCCUGACGAUCUUAAUCGACGAUUUAACGUCCGGCCCGGUUGCGCUAGUGGUGUCGACGUUUGUUAUUGUCAUCUUCGGGGAGAUUGUGCCGCAAGCCAUCUGCACCCGCCAUGGGAUGGCGGUCGGAGCCAACACGGUGUUGUUGACCAGGUUCUUUAUGUUGAUUACCGGACCUUUGUCGUAUCCCAUCAGUAAAGUGUUGGACUGGAUACUGGGAGCGGAAGCGGGACGUGUGUAUAACCGGGAACAUCUCGUGGAGCUGCUUCGUGUAACGCAUGGAUUGAGCGAUUUGGAAAAAGAUGAAAUAAACAUCAUCUCCGGAGUUUUAAGGUUGAAGCAGGUUACGGCGGGCGAGAUUAUGACGCCGUUGGAAGACGUAUUUAUGAUUAACUAUGACGCUGUUUUGGAUGCAGGCACAGUGUCAAAUUUUGUACAACAAGGUUUCACCAGAAUACCGGUGUACGACGAUACUCGCAGUAACAUUGUCGCUGUAUUAAAUAUCAAGGACCUGACAAUGCUGGAUUAUCGCAACAAGACUCCAGUAAAGAUCCUCUGCAAAUUCUUCCAGCGCCACGUAAUAACGGUUAAUGAUAAUACCAGUUUGGAUAAAAUAUUAGAAAUUUUUAAGAAAGGUCAUUCUCACAUGGCUUUCGUCGAGCAGAUCACUGCAGGCGAAAAUUACGAAGGUUUCACCGCGGAAAUCGUGGGCAUUGUGACAUUGGAAGAUGUACUGGAAGAGUUGCUACAGUCGCAGAUCAAAGACGAAGUUCUUCCGGCGGAACAGCGGUAUCCUUUCUGUCAACGCCAAGCAGCCGGUCUCUUCCGGCAAUCAUCCGUCAUGCGGUCAUUAAACAAUAUUCUCAGUAAAUCACGUUCGGUUAGCAGUUUAGCGCGGUACGCGACUGUUUCGCGCGGUCCUAACGAUAUCAAAGUGUACAAAUCCGAAUCAGAUAUAACUGCGUGAUGUCAUUAACAUACCGGAUGUUGUACUACAAUGCGCAUACGAUCAG